UUUGUAAUUGGUUGUUAAAUUUAUUUAUUUGUGCUUUUAUUUUAAAACAUAUCAUGCAAUCCUUAUAUUAACAAAUUUGUAUUGUAAAUCAAGCGUUUCAUUGUUGAUACAUGUACCUACCGAUAUAUUAUUUGAUAUACAUGUAUUAUCAAAAUGAAUUAACAUAUUGCAAUAAUUUCAUACUUCAGUGCAGAGUCAUGGAGUAUGACUACGGUAUAUCAUUGGAGCUUAUCACCAGCGUGGAGGUCACUGAGAUAUAGUGAUUGUGGAACCAAAAAGAGGGGCAGUUUAUUUUUAUAAUCCGCUGGGGGAAACUGCAUUUCAACAGAGAAGAGCUAUCAAUAGUUGGAGGAAUUAUGUGAAUAGAAGCAUGGUUUUCAACACAUCAUGGCAUUUGGAAUCAAAGCCACAUGCUAAACAGUUAGAUAGCUGCAACUGUGGAGUAUACUGUUUAAUGUUUGCAGAAAGACAUCUUUCAGGAGAUUCAUUGCUUGACAUCUCUCUAAAAGAUGUUGAAGCAAAGAGAAGGGAGAUAGGAUGUACCUUUCUGCUUUAUGAAGUGUACCUGGAUGAACAAUGUCCUUGCUGUGGAUUUCAAACCAGCAAUGAAAACAAAUCAAAUCUUCUACAAUGCAGAAAUUGUGGAAGAUACUUCCACAAAAAGAACCAUUGUGUUGGAAUGAUGGCUUUGACAAAAGAAAGGACAUUCUUAUGUCACGAGUGUAAAAGUGGUGACAGGAAGAUUUGAAUAUUGGUGGAUUUUACUGUAUUAAUGCUUCCAUUAAAAUGUGAAAGCUGUGAGGCAAUCCAUUAAAACUAAAGACAAUUUAGUAAUUAUUAAUACAUGUAAUAGAAUAUGUAUAUUGUUGAUAAAUUGAUUUAAAUUGAUAAACAAAAAUAAGUAUUUUGAGCUUAUGCUUAUCUUCAAAAUGUCAAGGGUUAUACACUUCUCAAUGUGCUGUUAGCGAUCAAUCAUUGGCUGAUAAUUUGAGAUGAUUAUGUAAAGUAGGGCGUUACAAAAACAAGUGUUGUGACUAUUGCCCAAAACUUCUUGACUGAGUACAUCAGGGCCUAGCACUUAAUUUUAUCAUAAUAAUAAGUAACAAAUUUUGGAUGUAGAUGUCACAUCAUACUUAACAUUGUAAGUGCUUACAUCACAAUGUAUAAUAAAAUUAUAUCAUGGCUAAUAUU